AAUACAGUUACUCAAAAUAUGAAUUGAUUGACAGAAAUCAAAAUUAAUUAAUUUUCUCUAACAGUUUCCUUGCAACUCAUGUGAGUUCUUGAGCUGACCAGACACACAUAUACAUACAACGCAUACAGACAUAAUCCUUAACAACACACAUACACAUCUCAAACUCAAAGCCACCGCCGUCGCCGUUGUACUCCGGUCGCAAUUUCUUCUUUCAAAUUCAUCAGAUUUCGUGUUAGGCCUUCGGACGUUUGGAAUCGGUUUGGAUUGUUUUUACCUUAGCUACAUGAGCAGAAUGUCGAAAAUGUCUGUGACUGAUUUACCGGAAGCUGUAAUUAUGGAAAUACUGUUGGAGCUUCCUGUGAAAACAUUGCUAAUAUGCAAGUCAGUGUGCAAGUUAUGGUAUUACAUGAUUUCAAGCGAUUACUUUAUUAAUUGUCACCUCCAGCGUGCCAUCAUUUCUUCUUGGGAUAACCCCACAUUACUUAAAAUUCAGAAUCCUGCGGGUGGUUUGGCGUUCGCUACCUCUAAAUUGGAUUUGGUUGUUCAUCAACCGCAACAGAAUAACAAGGCAGCUGACAAUGGCCAAGCUUUGUCCAGCUAUCCUGUAGACUUUGAUCAUCUGCAUUUGCCACAUCUUUUUGCCUAUUGUCGAGUUGUUGGUUCUUGCAAUGGCAUUAUUUGUCUAUCUAAUAGAUUUAAUAAUGUUGUCUACCUCUGGAAUCCGUCAAUCAGGAAGUGUAGGAAACUUCCGAUUCCAGGAGGUUUGCUUUUGAUAAAAUCUCCAGUUAAGAUAGGGUUUGGUUAUGAUUCCAUCUCAAAUGACUACAAGGUGCUUAGGAUUGUUUUUGAAAGAAAGAAUGGUCUUGUUCCGCUAGUGCAGGUGUAUUCAACAAAUGCUGAUUGUUGGAAAGAAUUCCGGACUCCUAUCUUGAUGAAUUGGAAUUUUGCUGCACACUUGCAAACUAAUAUAGUUGUAAAAGGGGUACUAUUUUUUGACGGGGGAGAUGAACUAAUCUCAUUUGAUUCACACAAGGAUAUUCUUGGACUAGUUCCAUUCCCUAGCUGUAUUUUCAGAAAGAGGUCACAACUUCUGGACUUUGAAGGUUCUGUUGCUGUUGUCUUUGAAUCCAUUGGUGAUGGAUUAGGAAUUGAUCUAUGGACAUUGGAUUCUGUUUCUGGCGAGGUGUCUUGGACAAGAAAAUUUAGUAUCGACGAUGAUGCUGAUUCAGAAUCUGAGAUAUGUCUUUCUUGUUACUUGGGUGCAGGACGAUUUUAUGGAAGUCAGUCGGUCAACGGGAUUUACUUGCAUAACGUCUUGUACGAUUAUGAUAAAAAAGAGACCAAGGUUUAUGGGGUUCGGGAAGAGAGCACUUAUGCAACUCCUCUCAAAUAUGUGGAGUCACUUGUUUCACUGGAUGGGUUUGAACAAGUGGAGUAAAAUGCGAGCUAAAUCAGUUUCUCGAAAACAAUCUGCAGAUAUCCUGUUUUUGCUGUGUGAUUCCAAGUUUCAAUUUCGGUGCAGUGCAGACAAGAACAAAAUGGAGAACCAAAAAGGUCUGUGCUAAUGAACUAACCUCCAGAGUCAAAACUAUCUUGCUGCCUGCCAACAAAGUACCAUCACUUCGUCGCAUGUUCAUUUUGAAUCACUUCAAUGUUGGUAUAGCAUUAAAAAUCCAUCUACACAUCUACACUCCCAGAAGGAACAAGAGAUAAAUCCAAGAUAAUCUGUAAGGGCAUCAUUACAUGGCUGUUUGUCAUUAUAAUAUUUGGAUUGAAGUGUCUAGUAGCUACUAGACACUUCAAUCCUUUCUAUUGCGUAGCAGUGGUUAUGACCAAGCGAGAUGUAAUUUGUUGCUAAUACAUAGCAGAAGCCAGAAGACUUUAUACUGUUUACUAUGACAUUUAGUGAGUAUUAUGGAAGAAUAUGGCAUGAACGAUUGUCGUUCAUGUAAUGCAUAAAAUAGGUAUGUAUUAGAUAUAAGGGAACCAGAAAGAACAAAUAACAGGUUAGUUACAAGUUCUCAGAGUGAUUUUGUUAUCAUAAUCGAGCAUGAAGUUAUAGCAUGCAAUUUUACAAGUU